GAUCCCGGUCCUCCUCCCGGCUCCCCCUUGGUGAGUCUCAAGCCUCUGCAGCUGCUGGAGGUGAAGGCCAGCGGGCGCUUCGGCUGCGUCUGGAAGGCCCAGAUUAUGAACGAACACGUGGCCGUCAAGAUCUUCCCCAUUCAGAAUAAGGAGUCGUGGCAGAACGAGCGAGACAUGUUCCUUACUCCAGGUAUGAGGCACGAGAACAUCCUGAGGUACAUCGCUGCAGAGAAACGAGGGAGUCACCUGGAGGCCGAACUGUGGAUCAUCACCGAGUUCCACGAGAGGGGCUCUCUGUCAGACUUCCUGAAGGGAAACAUCAUCAGCUGGACCGAGCUGUGUCACGUAGCCGAGUCGAUGGCGUGCGGCCUGGCUUACCUCCACGAAGACAUCCCCCAAAAGAAAGGAGAAGGACCCAAGCCGGCCAUCGCUCACAGGGAUUUUAAGAGUAAGAACAUCAUGCUGCGUUCGGACCUCACGGCGGUGAUCGGUGACUUCGGUCUUGCCGUUUCCUUCGAGCCGGGGAAACCACCUGGAGAGACGCACGGACAGGUCGGGACCAGGCGUUACAUGGCUCCAGAGGUUUUAGAAGGAGCCAUCAACUUCCAGCGAGACGCCUUCCUCCGAAUCGACAUGUACGCCGUGGGUCUGGUUCUGUGGGAGCUGGUGUCCCGCUGCAGGGCUGCUGACGGUCCGGUGGAUGAGUACAUGCUGCCGUUUGAGGAGGAGGUCGGUCAGCAUCCGUCACUGGAGGACCUGCAGGAAGUCGUCGUACACAAGAAGAUGAGACCGGCCUUCAAAGAGCUCUGGCUCAAACACAGCGGCCUGGCUCACGUCUGUGAGACGGCGGAGGAGUGCUGGGAUCACGACGCCGAGGCUCGAUUGUCGGCCGGCUGCGUGGAGGAGAGGAUCUCCCAGAUCCGCCGCCUCACCGCCACCAUCUCCCCGCCUACCUCCGACCACCACGCCCUGCUGGUCUCCUCGCUCGCGCCUGUUACUAUGGUAACGAAUGUGGACCUACCGCCCAAAGAGUCCAGUAUAUGAGGAGAAAAUCUGAAGAAAACACACAUAAAAAAACUUGUUUUUGAG